GUGUGGAGAGUCGAAUCAGAGAUGUAGCGUAUAAGGCAGAAGAUGUUCUUGAAUCCCAUCUCGUGGAUCAACUUCUGUCAAGCCCUGAAGGUGAGAGCUUCAUUUUCUCCCCUCCAGAUCUGGAUUUGGAGAAAGUAACUGGAGAACUUGACUCUGCAAAGGAAGAGAUGAUGGCGAUUAUGGAAGGGCGUGAGAUGCAUUUGAAAUAUCGACUCAUAGGGGGAAAAUCUGAACUUGAGGUUAUCCCUAUUGUGGGCAUGGGAGGCAUUGGUAAGACUACUUUGGCCCGAAACCUUUAUCACGAUCCCUCUGUUAUUUCCCACUUUGAUGUUCGUAUAUGGGCUACAAUAUCACAAGACUAUAGUGAGGGAGGGAUUCUGAAUGGCCUCCUUCGUAGUGUUUGGGUUGGUCACCCGCUUUUGGUGCUUAGUAAUGAAAGAAUGGUAGAGGAAUUGUAUAAAGGUUUGAAGCGUCGGAGAUAUCUGAUUGUUUUAGAUGAUAUAUGGAAUAAGAAGCCGUGGACAGUUUUAAGAAAGUGCUUUCCGGAUGAUGGAACCGGAAGUCGGAUCAUUGUCACCACUAGGCUAUUGGAAGUGGCUGAUUACAUUGCCUCAGGGAGCUCAUAUCACCACAUGAAUCCUCUGAAAGAUGAUGAAAGCUGGAAGCUUCUUCAUCAAAAGGUAUUUGCACCAGAAGAAACUUGCCCUUCUGAACUUGUAUCUAUCGGGAGAAAUAUUGCAGAAAAUUGCAGAGGACUACCUCUUGCAAUUGAUGUGGUUGGUGGACUUCUAUCUCAGGCAGAGAGAUCGCAAGUGUUCUGGGAGCAAGUUGCAAAGGAUAUAAGUGAAGCCGCAGCUGACAAUACUACUGCACACUUGUUCCAAAUAUUAUUAGUGAGUUACAAUUAUUUACCUCAUCAUCUUAAACCAUGUUUCCUUUAUAUGGGCAUUUUCAAAAAAGAUUCUAAGAUCCGUGCCUCCAAACUCAUCAAAUUGUGGGUGGCAGAGGGAUUUCUGAAACCAAUAUCAGGUAAAAGCUUGGAGGAGGCUGCGGAGCUGUACCUAAAGGCUCUGGCUGACAGAAAUCUUAUUUGUGUCCCACGAGAAGAGUUUAAAGGAAAUGUGAAAAGCUACAGUAUACAUGAUCUCUUGAGGGACCUGUGUGUGAGGAAAGCUUAUGAAGAGAACUUUCUAUUCCUCAAGGAACGGUAUAUCCCAGGAGACAUACAUUCACGUCGUGUCUGUGCUCAUAGAAUUCAAGAUAUUGAUAGACCCUGGGAUCAAAUGCAGCUAACCCGUUCUUUUCUAUCCAUGGUUGAUGUUAGUUGGGAGAUAUUAUCCCUUUUGAUUUCUGCAUUCAGAUUGUUGAGGGUACUGGAUAUAUUGAGCAUACGACGUAUACAGUUUCCAGGGGAAAUAAUACAAUUGGUCAACUUAAGGUACCUUGCUCUACGCACUUCUAAAGUACCUUCCUCAAUAUCUAGACUGUGGAAUUUGCAAUUUUUAAUUGUUAAAGCAAUUGCGAACUCGUUUAACCGGCAUGUAGUGACGCCUGAAAUAUUAGACAUGACACAAUUAAGACACAUCAAGUUCAAGGGAUUUUGUGUCUGGUAUGAUGAUCAGUAUAGGGAACAUAUUGUGGUCCAAGAUCAGUUGCAAAGUCUAUCUACCAUAGCAGACUCUGGACUUACUGACAGGGUUCUUCGGACUAUCCCAAACCUGAAGAAAUUAGGAAUCUUUUGUGAUGAAAAAUUUGAUCAUGUGAGAGAUCUUUCCCGUCUUCAUAAACUCCACUCACUCAAAUGUUCAUCCUGGCGUGACGCCGACUUGUCUAAUCUCAUUUUUCCAGAUUCCCUCAAAGAGUUGGCUCUGCAUAAUUGUGUAAUUCAUGAUCCGCAUAUGAGUAGAAUCGGUAACCUGCCCAAUCUUCAAAUUCUCAAACUAAGAUGUUGUGGAAUCAAAAACCGAAAGUGGAAGGUAAAUGAAGGGGAGUUCUGCCAACUAAAGUAUUUGAUGAUGGCCAGCUUGCAUCUGGAUUUCUGGGCAGCCGACGAUAUCUGUUUCCCAAGACUUGAGCACCUGAUUAUUCGACGUUGCUCAGGGCUCCCUGAAAUCCCUUAUGGCAUCGGAGACAUUCCAACACUCAAAGUAAUUGAGGUGCGUGAAUACUUGCCUCCUCUGCUGGAUUCAGUAAGAAUGAUACAGAAAAAACAGGAGAAAAAUGGCAAUGAUGGCCUUGAAGUUCGUUUAAGCACCACCACUCUGUUACAGUAAUAAUCUUAACUUCUUUUUUCUAUUAAAAAAAA